UCUUCUUCUUCUUCUUCUCACUUGUGAAAUACGAACAUGGUUGUCUCAAAGCCUAACAAAAGCUUACUAAGCUCAGUCUUCUUCUCCCGGAUUAGAAACUCCGGCGAAUCUUCAAUUUCUUCCAGGGAAGGAGACAUCGCCGCAACUUCCCAAGCAGUCAAAGAGCUUCUCAGGUCCAAAAUCUCUUCGUCUGGUACCGGACAAGAUCUUGAUGAAGCGAAAUUACCAGAUCAAGUAUCGAAAUUGUUACAUGUAACCACUACCGAGAAAAGCUCCUCGGAGACGAACGCAUUGAAGAUACCAAGUUUCAACACUAAGAUCCCUCUCGAUAUCUCGUUAAGAUCGAAAGAGUUGUCCCGUGAGAGGAAAGAGAGACGUGUUUACAAGAAGAACAGCAUGUCACGGCGUUUCACAAAGAUAUUCAGAGACUCUGCUCAGAAACUAGGCACCGAGGCUAUGUUUGGUGCUUUCGACAGGGUGUCCAAAGAGAUGAGUGUAACGGAGUACAAUGCAAUGAUUGGAGUUUACUUAGAGCUCGCUGAGAGAAGCCAUGAUCUUGAUUAUGCUCUUGACCACAUCGGCAAGGCUUUCCAGGUUUUGAAAUCCAUGAGAGACCGCGGAUUCCCAAUUGAAGAAGUUGUUUACGGACCUCUUCUUGAUUACUUGAUUGAUAUGGAUAUGGUGGAGGAGUUUCAUAGUUUCAAAGAUGUCAUUAAGGAGGCGAGUCCUGGUUCUGUUGAUAGACUUGGUUACUAUGAAAUGCUUCUUUGGAUCCAACUUGGCGACGGAGAGAAAAUUGAGGAUCUUUGUGGUACAAUUGAUGGUAAUGGAGACAGUUUAGCAUUAUUACAAGAAAGUUAUUUGCUUGCACUGUGUAAGAAAGACCAAAGGGACCAUCUUCAGAGGCUCUUAGAGAUUGUAGACAUUACAAAAGUUAAUUCGUCGGACGUACUGGCAAACAUAUUUGGAUACCUUGGGAAGUUUUCAUUGGAUUCUGUUGCGAGGAAGCUCCUCUGGAAACUAAGAGAAAGUGAUGAAGGAGUGAAGAACGUUUCAGAUCUCAUCUCUAUCUAUUCCACUUGCACCCCAAAUCUGACGGUUGAGGAUACCAUCUUGAAUUUCAACAAGAUGCAUGAAGAACUCGGUGUUAUGCCUUCAUCUACAUCGUACGAAAAGCUUGUUAAGUAUAGCUGUGACUCGAAUGAGGUGGUCACUGCUCUUGAUGUUGUUGAAAAAAUGGGCGAAGCAGGUCUGAUAAUAUCCGCAGAUAUUCUACAUUCAUUGUUACAUGCCAUUGAUGAAGUUCUUGAGUUUAAUUUGGUGCGAAGAAUCCAUUCAAUUAUGUGCACAAAGAGUGUGAAACCAAGUAGUGAGAACUUCCGGAACAUGAUACGUUUGUGCACAAGAAUAAGAGAUUUUGAAGGUGCAUAUAAUAUGCUUGGCAAUUUGAAGAACUUCAAUUUGGAACCAAACUCAAGCAUGUUCAAUUGUAUAUUGGGUGGAUAUUUUCGGGAGAAAAAUGUGCGUAGCGCAUUGAUGGUCGUCAAGCAAAUGAAGGAAGCUGGCGUUAAACCUGAUUCCAUAACUUUUGGCUAUUUAAUAAACAACUGUAAUCGAGAGGACGCUAUUACUCAGGUAAUUUUCAGAUCUUUUUGGCAACUUUUUUUUCUUAACUUGGAGUCGUGUGUGAAUGCGAAGUAUAUUUGUGCCUUUUAUAAGUACUACGAGGAGAUGAAGCAAGCAGGAAUUCAAGUUACUAAGCGAAUUUACAUGUCCCUAAUAGAUGCAUAUGCAGCAUCUGGGCAGUUUGAGAAGGCAAAACAGGUGCUCUUGGACCCAAAUGUUCCGGCUGGAAACCAAGAUGAGCUGAAAAAUGAGCUUAUUUCGGCUCUCGCAUCACAUGGAAAAAGGGCAGAUGCCUUGAGUAUAUAUGAAGAAAUGAAGAAACAAAAAUGCCAAGUAGACCCAAAAUCGAUUAUAUCUCUGAUAGAAUACUCUGAUUCAACGGGAGAGUUUAAUACCCUGGUUCAACUGGCUGAUGACCUGCAAGAUGAUAUUAGUUGGAAAGACGGUUUCUUCAGAAUGAUCUUGUUCGCUGUCCGCAAUAGAAAGUCGAGCAAUAUUCUUGAUUUGCUGAAGCGGAACAAAGUCCGAUUAUCCAAGAAAGACAUCCCUGUGGAAAAUCAUUUCGACGAGGUGUUUUGGGCAAUCGCAGAGACAGAGCCAACCGAAGUGAAGCUAGGGAUGGAGUUGCUAAGAUUUAUGAAAGAGGAGCUUGGGCUUGUUCCUUCUAGAAAAUGUCUAGAUUUUCUCUUACAUGCUUGUGUUAAUGCCAAGGAUAUGGAGAACGGUUUAUCGGUGUGGAAAGAGUACCAAUCUGCAGGACUUCCUUGCAACGUACUAAGCUUUCUAAGGAUGUAUCAGGUUCUACUGUCUGCAGGGGAUUUGAAAGGUGCCGAGGCAUUGGUAUCAAAAAUCCCAAAAGAUGAUAAAGAUGUCCAACAUAUCAUCAAAGAAAGCCAGAUUGUAUAUUCUCAAACACCUGAAAAGAAGAAACAGAAAAAGAAAAAGGUUGUGUUCCCAACAAAGUAGGGAAAGAUUGGUUGGAACACACACCCCCUUAUGGUGUGAUUUCGUACAGAAGAUCUCAUAUUUCAUUCUCACAUGACUCUGCACAAGUCUUGACAGGUGAUUGCUGUUGAACAGAUUGGUUGAUUACUAAGGUCUGCUCGGUUCCUAAACCGUUGAUCUCUGCAAAUGCUUCUGUCACAUUCCGGUUUGGGUCCCAAUUUAUGGACUGACCAUUUCUCUUCAGUAACUUGGACCGAAUCUGACCGGAGGAAUAGACAUGGAGGGUCAAUCGUGGAUUCUUUGAGAUUUUAAUUGGACAUGGAAAGAAGUGUAAUAUUACAAUUAUGGUUGUUUUUUUUUUUUUUUUUGUGAGCUAACUAAGUAACUAACAUUCU